CGGUAGUGUAGUUCCUAACCAGCCUUUGUCGUGAGUAGGUCGAUGUACACGCUCUAGCGGACAGAGAGUAAGCACGCGCGUGUGUUGUGACAACAAAAACAGAGAGAACAAUCACAAUGGAACAAAAGGAUCUUCCAAGUUUUGCUAAACUUAAAAUUAACAAACGGCCCGACUCACUAAAACUCGAGCUUUUGACUAUACCCGAGAAUACUUAUGUGAAUCAGUUUGACAAUCGUGUUGUUAAUGUGGGUUUCAGAAAUAUUAGUUAUACAGUUAAGGAAGGAAUAUUUAAAACUCGAUCUCGGGUAAUUUUAGACAGCAUAAAUGGUGACUUUUCUGGAGGAGAACUAACAGCUAUAAUGGGACCAUCUGGUGCAGGGAAAACUAUGCUUUUAAAUAUUCUGGCCGGAUACACAUCCAAGGGCGUUUUAGGUGAAAAACUAAUAAAUGAUAAACCAAGAAAUGAACUAGCAUUCCAAAGAAAAUCUUGUUAUAUAAUGCAAGAUGAUGAUCUCCAACCUCUACUUACAGUAUCUGAGUCAAUGACAAUAGCAGCUAGUCUUAAGAUGUCUUCUAAAUAUACAUGGAAAGAAAAAAAGAAUAGGAUUAAAGAAAUUUUGGAAUCUAUGGGACUCUACAAACAUGGAAAAACUCGUAUAGGGGCCUUGUCAGGAGGAGAGAAAAAGAGACUUUCUAUAGCCUUAGAAUUAUUAAAAAAUCCAGAUGUAAUGUUUUUCGACGAACCAACAAGUGGUUUAGAUAGCGUCUCUUCAAAACAAUGUGUAUUAUUGUUAAAACAAAUGGCAAUAUCGGGAAAGACCGUAAUUUGUACAAUUCACCAACCUGCUGCACCAAUUUUUGAAAUUUUUGAUCACCUUUAUGUAAUAGCCGACAGUAAAUGUUUAUACCAAGGCAGUGUUAAAGGUUUAUUGCCAUAUUUGGAAGAAGUAGAUUUAAGAUGUCCUACUUAUCAUAAUCCUGCCGACUUUUUACUAGAAGUAGCAAGUGGAGAGUAUGGUGAUUAUGCAACAAUCUUAUCAGAAAAAUCGGAAAAUGGGUUAAAUAUGGAAUAUAGAAAACAACAAAGAAAUUCCCUACAAUUGGAAUCAUUAGAACACAUAGGAAGAAUGAUGACAUCUGGAAAGAUCACACCCGUACAUGCUCCACCUAUAUACUUUUCAAAAUCUCCAAUAUGCUGUGAUAAAGACAUAGAUAUUUCAUAUCUACAUUCAUAUAAAGGUUCAUAUCCUGCCUCAUUUUUUACUCAACUUAAUGUCCUCAUACGAAGAACCUUUUUAGUUAUCACAAGGAACAAAACGCUUACAGUUUCUAGGUUUCUCACACAUAUAGUUAUAGGAUUAUUUAUAGGAAUUUUAUAUUUUGGAAUAGGAAUAGAUGCAUCAAAUAUGUUAAAUAAUUUUAAUUACAUCUUCUUCUCUCAGAUGUUUCUUAUGAUGACUGCCUUCAACUCAGUUUUAACAACUUUUCCGUCCGAGCUGCCAAUUUUAACCAGGGAGCAUUUUAAUAAAUGGUAUUCACUUAAGUCAUAUUAUUUGGCCAUAUCAAUUGCAGACAUUCCAAUUCAGAUGGCUGCAUCUACCUGCUACGCACUACUUACUUAUUUCAUGACUCAACAACCCAUAGAAGGUUUUAGAGUAGGACAAUUUUUGUUCAUAUGCCUGCUCAUAGCAGCUGUAUCACAAAGUUUUGGACUCCUAAUAAGCGCUACUAUGAGUAUAAAUAAUGGAGUAAUUUUUGGUCCUUUUUGUUUCCUACCAUUUACGAUAUUUUCUGGUUUCUUCGUUCAACUAACAGCGGCCCACCCAGCGCUCCAAUGGAUCUUUCACAUAUCAUUUCUAAAAUACGGUUUUGAGGGACUAGUUCUGUCAAUUUUUGGAUACGAAAGAGGAAAACUUCCAUGUGAAACAGAUUAUUGUCAUCAUGUGUAUCCAAAGCAUUUCUUAAAAGACAUGGAUAUGGAAAACUCAACAUAUUCAUUGGCUGUGAUAUUUUUAGUUAGUUUGUUUGUUGCUUUAAGGAUAGCUGCAUUUAUUGCACUGCAUUUCAAGGUGAAAGGUCACCGACAAAGCCGGUAGUACAUAGUUUAUUGUGAUUUUAUUGGUUUUAACGGUACAUAUGAGGGUCAUUUGUAACAAAAGGUUCCCUGUGCCACUGAGAAAGAAUACGACGUGAUAAGAGAAAUCUGGCAACAUUGCAUUACGCAUCAACUCUCUCUCUCUCUCUCUCUCUCUCUCUCUCGCUCUCACCCAUCACUAUCAUCUCGCUACCCUUCUCAGUGUGGGCUUAGCAGCCUUCGAAGAUGGAGUUCACGAUCGCUGUUACCACCAGAUACAAAAUUUGUACUGCGAUACGUUUUUAAAUGCAAACGGAUUUCACCUAUUGACAUUACUUAUCAGUUAAUCGAGGUUUAGGGGUAAAAGUGCAUAUCUGUUCAGCAUUUUCGCAAAUGGUGUAGAGAAUUCAGUGAAGGCCGAACGGAAAUGGACGAUGAAGAUCUGAGCGGAAGGCAUUCAGAUUCAGACGAAUAUUUAUUGAAGAUUGGAGGUUCACCAUUAACGACCUUACUUACGUAUUUCUGAGACUUUCCACACCAGAAUUCAUAAAAAAUUAGGCUAUCACAGAGUGUGUCUGCGAUAAGUACCGCGACUGCUUACAGAAAAUCACAAACAGCAACGGGUCGAGUGUGCCCAGCAAUUUUUGCAAAAAGAUGACAAGGAAGAAUUUUUGGAUUCCAUUAUCACACGGUAAGAAACAUAUGUGUUUCACUUCAGCUCCAAAACUAAGCAGCAAUCACGUGAAAGGCAUUACUCAACUUCUCCGAAGUCGAAGAAGUGUAAACAAACUCAAUCGCUGGGAAUGUCAUGACGACCAUCUUUUGAGACAGGAAGAGCCUACUGUUAAUCGACUUUUCGACUUAUGAACCAAGAGUAGUUAACUCCAAUAGAUAUUGGGAGACAUUAGAAAGAUAAGACGUGCGCUCCAGAACAGCCCACUAAGACUAUUGCCCAGUGUUGUGAGACUUCUCCAUGAAAACGCUCGACCUCAUGUACUCAUGUCUCACAUCAAACUGAAGAACUGCUGAGCAAUUUUGGCUGGAUUGUUGUGCAAACGACCCCCCUACCGCCCGUAUCAAGCACCAAGUGAUAAUCACUUAUUUCCAAAAUCAAAGGAACACUUGGGUAGCUUACGCUUUAGUCCCGAUGAUGAAGUCAAGGAAGAAGUUACUCGAUUCCUCAAAGGAUUGCCGGUAGAAUUCUAUAACAUGGGGAUAGAAAGGUUGGAGCAUCGUCUGCAAAAGUCUUUGGAAAAAAACAGCGAUUAUGUUGAAAAAUAACGCAUGUUUUAAAUUUUAAAAUGAUGUGUAAUACUAAGCACAAAAAUAAGGCUGUCUAUUCUAGUUUAUGGGAAUCUUAUUUUACGAAUGACCCUCGUAAAAUGAUUGUUGUAUAGAAAUGACAAUCGUAUUGGUCGAUGUAAUGUCGAUUUGGUAAAAACAUUUGAUAUUUGUACUAAUAGGUGGGUUUUAUAGUUUUAUUAAAAAAUACAUUGACUAUUUUUGUAAAUUUUUUUGGUAAUUUUGAAUUAUGUAUUUACAAAAAAAUUUUAAAUUUGUGAACAGUGCAAAAGUCUAUAAAGCAUUAAUAACCAAAUAAAUAGUAUGUAACUAAA